AUGGUAAAAACUUACAAGAGCAGAGGAAGACCUUGUAAUCCUAUUGGAUUUUUAUUGCAUUAUUUCAUGAGCCCCAAAAAAAAAGAUUCCCGAUCUUUAAACCAAAAACUUACUAUACUAAUUGACCAAGAAUAGCCCACUAUGGAGCCAUUCUUGGUCUGCCAGAAAAAAAUUUUGACAAAAAGAUCCUAAUCUGCCAUUACCACUGAGUUUUGGUGUUUCCAAAUUUUUUGGGGCAAGCCAAAUGCAAUAAAAAAAAAUUGUUCUUUUGCGAUGAUGCAUUUGGCUUGUCAAAAAAAUUUGGAAAACACCAAAACUCAGUGGUAAUGGCAGAUUAGGAUCUUUUCUGCCAUUACCACUGAGUUUUGAUGUUGCCAAAUUUUUUUGACAAGCCAAAUGCAUCAUCGCAAAAGAACAAUUUUUUUUAUUGCAUUUGGCUUGCCCAAAAAAUUUGAAACACCAAAACUCAGUGGUAAUGGCAGAUUAGGAUCUUUUGUCAAAAUUUUUUCUGGCAGACCAAGAAUGGCUCCUUAGUGGGCUAUUCUUGGUCAAUUAGUAUAAUUCCUUUUACCACAAUUUUUACAACAUGCUGAAAUUAAACUUGAGCAAAGACACCUAUGAUCUCUAUUCAAGUCGAUUUUGGCCGAAAUCUUUUCUAAAUAAAGAUGAAAUUAAAGUUUUUACACGGCAAGAAAAGUCUUAUUUCAAUAUAGGAAUAAGUAGAAAUUUAAGGUCCUUCUACAAAAAUGUGUUUAGCAGCAUGGUUGACAAAUAUGCGAAAGAUCUGGCUCAACAAUAUAGUGAAAAAGAGCUAGAAAAGGUUUUUAAUUGCAAAUUAGAUUCUAGGUUUGAUGAGAAAGCCCCGAUUAGAAAAAGAAUUUGGGAAUGCUUGAUUGUCCACCAUCUUGCUAAUAUAGGCAAAGAGAAUGAAGAGACAAAAGAAAGUCAAAACUUAAUUUUAGAGGUCAGUGCUGAAGCUGAAGAAUACAUUCAAGAGACAAUAGAAAGCCAGAAAACUAUUGCAGAGUCUAUCGAUAAUUGUAUGAAAUUAAGAUCAGAACCUGCGAAUAAUUAUGAAAGGCCAUAUUUAAAUGAAAAAUCUGAUAUAGGUUUCUCUGAAGAUUACCCAAAUUCAGCUCUUGAUUUAGGUGGAUGCUAUGAUAUUUAA